AUGAUUGGAAAAUAUGAGAUUGAUGUGGAAAUUAUAACAUUUUCCCCCUCUGAUAAUCCUUUCUCUUUUUUCCAUCCUACAAUUGAUGUUGUUGUUGAUCGUUUUUUUAGUCCAUAUGCCCAGGGAAGUGAAAAUAGUCGCCUUAACAUUGCAAACACUCGGAUCAGAAUCAAGGAGAAACAAGUUGAACUUGACAAUCUCGAGAUCAUAAAAGAGACUUUAACUAGUGAGACAACAGACGAGACUGGCAUGGAAGAAAUGUGGGAACAAAUUAAGGAAUUUAAUCCAGAGGAUUUGAAAAAAUUUGAACGUCGAUUGGAUGAAGUUGAUUUGAUGCUGAAAAAUGUUGCUGCUUCUUUUGCACAAGCUCCUCAAGAAAAUGCUAAUUAA